AGAACCAAUGCCGACACAUAACAAAGUAUUUGAUCUGUUGUGCAUCGGGUAGACACACAGGACUGAGAGGUGAAUGAAACACAAUUAGCAUGGAUAAUCCAGUGGGCGAUGAAUACUACUACCAUGACAACAGCAGCUUCAACUUCAGCUACGACGACUACCCCACCAUAUGCGAGAAGGCAGACAUCCGGUCCUUUGCCGGCUACUUCCUCCCCAUCAUGUACGCCAUGUGUCUGCUGGUGGGACUGGCGGGAAACGGCUUAGUGGUGAUCGUGUACGCCUACCACAAACGCCUGAGGACCACCAUGGAUGCGCUCCUGACCCACCUGGCUGUGGCCGACCUGCUCCUGCUCUUCAUGCUGCCGUUCUGGGCCGCUGACGCCCGGAGGGGCUGGGAGCUCGGGUUGGUCGUGUGUAAGGUUGUGUCGGCUUGCUACACGGUCAACUUCACCUGCUGUAUGCUUCUGCUGGCCUGCAUCAGCUUGGACCGCCACUUGGCUCUAGCCAGGGCGCAAGGGAAGGACCAAGGAAGCUGGCUGCAGAGGAUGUUUUGCAGGAGACACUGUUCCAAGGUGUGUGUCGUCGUCUGGGCAGCCGCUUUCAUGCUCGGCCUUCCUGAUUUAAUUCUCUCCGAGGUGAGGUGGGGCUCUAAUUGGAGCGUCUGCAUUGCAGUCUACCCUCCGUCUAUGGGCGUAGGAGGUAAAGCUGCCCUGGAGAUAGCAGAGGUGCUGCUGGGCUUCCUGGUUCCCCUAUUGGUCAUGGUGGUCUGUUACUGGAGCAUGGCCCGAGCGCUGAAGGGUCUCCCUGUAGAAAGCAGAGGCAAGAAGUGGAAAGCUCUGCGUGUUCUUCUGAUAGUGGUGGGAGUGUUUGUGGUCACACAGCUGCCUUACAAUGUGGUGAAAGUCUAUCAGAUGAUGGACUCGGUCUUCGCUCUGGUGACCCACUGCGGGACAAGUAAAGUGCUGGAUAAGGCGGCUCAGGUGACUAAGAGCCUGGCCCUCACUCACUGCUGCCUCAACCCCAUCCUCUACACCUUUGUGGGCUCGUCCUUCAGGCAGCACCUGACCAAACUGGCCAAGAGGUUUGGUGAGGGGAGAAGAAAGAGGAGGACGAGGAGAAACGACGUGUCUGCGGAGGGGGAAGGGAUGGAGAUGUCAUUCAACUCCCACAGUGCAUCUCAAGCAACAAACACUUUCUCAAUAUGAGUUACUAGUGUGCAACAAUGAACAUCUUCACAUGGAUCACAUAUAUAGUAUAAGUAGCAUAAGAGCGGAUUCAGUUACUGUGUAGAAACAGCAGCAUUGGAAUUGUGUGAAACCCAUUAAGUAGAAAACUGUAUAUCCCUUGAUGUCAAAAAUAAGAGGUUGGUACUUUAAAUGUAUUUGCUGUAUUAAUGUACAUCUUCAAGCAACUACAAUUUUUCUGUCAAGUGAUCAACGAAUGAAAAACACAUUUGUCUUUAAUGUUUGUUUGGACUGUUUUUAAAUUAUCUUUUUAGUCUAGAGAAUCAGAAAUAUUCCUGGCUGGAUACUUCCCAUGCUAAUUUUGUUUUUUAUUUGUUAUGAUCCUGUUUUUUGUCCAGAAUUAUUAUAAAAUACUCAGAUAUCAGUAUUCACAUUAAAUUCAGUGUGUGUGACCUGUGCACUCAUGAGCGCAUACACUACCUAAGUAUUCAAGACUGGAAGUGAGGGUGUCAUGACAGGACUUUUGAUUCCAUGUCACAGACACCAAACUGUUUAGUUCCACUUUUUGUUAAACUAAAGCCCCUGAUCUCUUAGCUUAGACCAUGACUUCCAGGAAAUGAGAAUAAAUCGAAACCCAGUGGGAUUCCACUCCCUCUCAUGUGGUUAAGUCCCAAUUUAGUUGCUUCCUGGAUUCCUGAAGCUUCCCUUCUGAAUAUUUGAAACACAUGUACACCUCACAUUUUCCUAUGAGCAGACAGCCAAACUCCACAAGAGAGUGAAAAAUAACCUAUUUGUUUGGCGAUGAUUAAACCACUAAACUAUUGUAUUUUCAUUGAUGUAAAUCUUGUUAGAUCAUUACAGAUGUUUUCCUUUAACACUAAUGAUGUUGUUCUUUUCCAAACCAGUUUAAAGAUCCACUUGUUUAAAAACUGUAAGUUCCACAUAAAUACCAGCUACAUAGUUUAAUGUGUGUGUUUUAUAAUCCAAGUAUUAGAUGCACUGUUUUGCUGUUUGUUAUGUCUGUCACCGGGAUGGAAAAGAUUAAGUGAUUCUCAAAGUCAUGCUCUGCCAUGUGCGUCAUUUCAUGUGGAAACCAUUUCACUGAGGUUUACCAUCUGCUCCACUUUGUGUUUCAAGGGUCUGAAAUAACAAAAAGGAAACCAUGUUGAAAUGACUCCUUCCUCCUUUCCAAAUCAGACUAAGAUAAUUACUCGUGAAAAAAGAAAAGUUCUUACGUUGAGAUUAAAUACAUUUAUUGAAAAUGUGCAAAGAAACGACAAUCGCAACAAAAAAUGUGGCUUCUUGUAUUUAAAAAAUAUAUAUAAAUAUUCAAAAAGCCACCUAAGGCUUGUCAUAUUUAUUGUGUGUGAUAAGAAACAUGGAUAAUUAACUUUCUAAAUUACAAUUAAGGCAGUCAACCAGCUUCAGUUUCAAAUUAGAACAAAGAAUUGUAUUUUCUUAAAUUAAGUAAAAAAAGAAAAUAUACAUAAAUGUAAAAAUAAUCUCAAGAUUAUUUUAAAACAAAAAAAACUCAGAGGCCCAGCAUGGCAGUGACACAAUAGAAAACAAAACUUUCUGGCAUUUUUCACAAGAACAAGGUUACAAAAAGUAACCAAAACUUUCUGUCCUUAGAUACAAUAUGACAUAACUAUAAAUCUGUGAACACGGUUUGGUUUCCUUGAAAACAAACAUACUUACCCUGAACUAGAUCAUCAACCCUGUAUCCAACAUUGGAAAAAAGCCAAUACUGAAUAAAUGUUUUUGUAAAAUCCUCUAGCGAUUAACACUGUCAAAAUCACAAAUGUGGAUAAACUGCAUGAAAUAAAUGUGUCUUGAAUUCUCUUUUCAA